AUGGAGAUCAACCAAGUCUGGCUUAAAAAAUGGGACUUUAUCGAGAUAGUGUACCUGUUCCAGCGGUACGCUGUUGUACUGGAUGCGUGUGUUUUGGCUAUUUAUCGGCAGACGGGGAGCGAUAUGACGGACGUCAAAUGCGAUCGCGUGAAAUGGAUAGUCGCAGCUGUGAUGGUGCUAGGCACAUUAUCAUCUGAAGUAAUCCUCACCGCGCGCGUAUGGGCACUCUGGAACCGGACCACCCGCCUCCUGACCGUUCUCUGCGCGUUGGGAGUGGUCAUUUGGGUCCCUGGGGUUGUGGGGCUUUAUAGGUUUUUUGUUACUGUUAAAGCACCGCCGAAACCGAUCUACAAAGGGUUCCAUGGUGUGUAUGGCGCUAGUUCUCAAGCCCGCGAUACAAUUCCGGCGGUUGGGUAUGGCGUCGAGAAUGCCGUUGUCGCUUAUUAUUUAUCGCGAUGUAUGUUCCAUCGUGAAUGUAAUUUCAUACUGGACGUUUCCGGUGUCGUUCCGCGUUAUUGGUAG